AUGCCUCCAGGAGUUAGUAAGAGAAUUAAAACUUUAUCAGUUACAAGGCCAAUAUUAUAUGGUAACUCUGCUAAAAAAUUGGGUUCUGUUAGGCCUCCCAAUGCUCCUGUGGAGCAUACGCAUCUAUGGACUAUCUUCGUGAAAGGUCCUAAGAAUGAAGACUUAUCUUAUUUUAUUAAAAAAGUUGUCUUUAAAUUGCAUGAUACCUAUCCAAAUCCUAUUAGAACAGUUGAGGCACCACCUUUUGAAUUGACUGAAACUGGUUGGGGUGAAUUCGAAAUUAAUAUUAAGAUUUAUUUCGCAGAUGAAGCAGGAGAAAAGAUGUUAAAUUUCUAUCAUCAUUUAAGGUUACAUCCCUAUGAAUUAGUAAAUAAUCAACCUCCUCCUCCACAAGAACCAAAUGACGAGAUUAGUUCUGUAUUUUAUGAUGAAAUUGUAUUUAAUGAACCUAACGAACAAUUUUUUAAAAUUUUAAUGGGAACUCCAGGUAAUCUAUUGCCUUCAAAUAAAACAGAAUCCUGUAUAUUUUCGAAACAACUUGAACAAGAAGAAAUUGAUAGAAUUAAUAUAGGUAUUGGCAAAGUUGAUAAAGAAAUUGAGGAUCUAAAGUCCAAAAUAGCAGAAAAACUGAAAGACUAA